GCUCAUAGUCUCUCCCAGCGACCAGGUGUCUUGUUCGCGCUGGGUUCAAGCGGAACAUCAUGAACCGCAGCCGCCAAGUGACCUGCGUGGCCUGGGUCCGCCGCGGCGUGGCCAAAGAGACGCCAGACAAGGUAGAGCUAAGUAAAGAGGAAGUGAAACGUCUCAUUGCUGAAGCAAAAGAAAAGUUACAAGAGGAGGGUGGGAGUGAGGAAGAGGAGGUAGGCAGUCCUUCAGAAGAUGGCAUGCAGAGAGCCCGGGUCCAGGCCCGGCCUACGGAGCCGCUGGAGGAUGGGGAUCCACAAGACGACCGUACACUGGACGACGAUGAGCUGGCGGAGUACGACUUAGAUAACUAUGACCAAGAGGACAACCCAGAUGCUGAGACCAUUGGAGAAUCUCUGUUGGGGCUUACGGUCUAUGGCAGUAACGAUCAGGAUCCAUACGUCACCCUCAAAGACACGGAACAGUACGAGCACGAAGACUUCUUGAUUAAGCCGACCGACAACCUCAUCGUCUGUGGCCGUGCAGAACAAGAGCAGUGUAACUUAGAGGUGCACGUGUACAAUCAAGAAGAGGAGUCUUUCUAUGUCCACCAUGACAUACUCCUGUCUGCAUAUCCUCUAAGUGUGGAAUGGCUGAAUUUUGAUCCUAGCCCAGAUGCGGCUACUGGAAAUUACAUUGCUGUGGGAAACAUGACCCCUGUCAUUGAGGUGUGGGACCUGGAUAUCGUGGACUCUCUAGAACCAGUCUUCACACUGGGAAGCAAGCUUUCAAAAAAGAAGAAGAAGAAAGGGAAAAAGAGUUCGUCAGCAGAAGGACAUACUGAUGCUGUCCUUGACCUUUCCUGGAAUAAGACAGUCAGAAACGUGCUGGCGAGUGCAUCAGCAGACAGCACUGUAAUCCUGUGGGAUCUGUCUGUGGGGAAGCCAGCGGCCAGGCUUACUGCACAUACAGACAAGGUUCAGACUCUGCAGUUUCAUCCAUUUGAAGCACAGACUCUGAUUUCUGGGUCCUAUGACAAAUCCGUGGCUCUGUACGACUGCAGAGACCCCAGCCAGAACCACCGUCUGUGGAGGUUUAGUGGGCAGAUCGAGAGAGUGACCUGGAACCACUUCUCACCGUGCCAUUUCUUGGCCAGUACAGAUGAUGGCUUUGUAUAUAAUCUGGAUGCGCGCUCAGAUAAGCCGAUUUUUACACUUAAUGCACACAACGAUGAAAUCUCUGGUCUUGAUCUGAGCAGUCAGAUCAAAGGCUGCCUUGUGACCGCUUCAGCAGACAAAUUUGUGAAGAUCUGGGACAUCUUAGGAGAGAGGCCAAGUCUCAUUCAUUCUAGAGACAUGAAGAUGGGAGUUCUCUUUUGUUCUUCAUGCUGCCCUGAUUUGCCGUUUGUUUACGCCUUUGGAGGACAGAAAGAAGGGCUUCGGGUUUGGGACAUAAGCACUGUGUCUUCAGUAAACGAAGCGUUUGGAAGACGGGAGAGACUGGCCAUUGGCAGCACAAAAGGUUUAUCUGUUAGUGACCCCUGUAGGAGCGGGAGCCCACAGACACCAAUGGAGUCCUGACAAAGAUCAGUUCCUGGUGUGCUUACCUUAGCUCGGAGUUUUAAAAACUGGCCUAAAACUGUUCACAUGUAUCUGCAGCCACAGAUGAACAAAACUCCGUUCCUGUUGCCAUUCCUCUCUGCAGCUUUGGUGGCAGUCCACAGCCUUUGGGCUGCCUUCAACUGGAUACUGUACAGUGUUCUUGCAUUUCUUGGAAAUAAAAGUUUUUUUUUUUUUUAAAUGAUUCCUUAAACAGGCCAUCUGAGUAGGAACUGUAGGUUUAUAAAAUACAUGGUAACUGAAGUUUCUGAGAUGGGACUUGCUCUGUUAGCCAGGCUGAUGUGGCUGGUGCUUGUCCCAGCGCUAGGGAGGAGAGAGAUGUGUAGAUUUCCUAAGACAUGUGGCCAGCCAGCCAGCCUGCUCAGGGACCCACCUGCCUCCAUCGUCCCAGGCGCUGAUUACCCAUAUGCAUGGUAGGUUCUAGAAUUGAAUUCAGGCCCUCAGUCUUGCAAGUU